ACAAACACAGCCAAACUAACCACAUAUACUCGGUCUAUACAUCAUUUAUGGUCCUCUCUUUAGUUUCCAUCACAUUAGUGUUUAACUUCAGGUCCAUCUCCUCCAUCAUCACCAGUCCCGGUCCCAGUCUCGGUCUCUCGGUACCAGCAUGGUUCUGUCUCCGGUGAACCAGCUCAAAGUGUUCCAGCUGCGGUUCUCGGACCCUGCCCGGUCCUUCUACAGCAGCGGAGACAAGCUGUCCGGCUCCGUGCAGCUGGAGGGGGCUCUGCCCUGCAGGCUGGCCGGCCUCCGGGUCACCGCCGCCGGCUGCGCCCGCGUGGAGCACCGCGGCGGGAAGAAGAGCAGGAACCGGAGCAAGGAGCAGGAGCAGGAGUACCUGAAGUACGAGGAGGAGCUGCGGCUGGACGAACAGCUCUCUACCGACUCUGACGGCUGCUUCCUGCUGGAGCCUGAUAAAACCUACAGCUUCCAGUUCGGCUUCGAGCUUCCUGCCGCCGGGCGUCUGGUGUCGUCCUAUAAAGGGAAGUUCGGCUCCAUUCGUUACUACGUACGGGCGGUGCUGGACAGGCCUUUCCAGGAUGCUUUGAAGUGUGAGAGGGAGUUUGAGGUGGAGGAGCCGCUGGACAUCAACCGACCCGACCUGCUGGCUCCGGCCGCCGCCUCCAAACAGAAAAAGGUCACCUGUAUGUUCAUCCCUGACGGCCAGGUGUCCAUCAACGCUCGCAUCGACAGGAAGGGGUACUGUGAGGGAGAAGAGAUCAACAUCAACGCCAAGUUUGAGAACACCUGCUCACGUAUCGUCGUGCCGAAGGCCGCCAUCAUCGCUAAACACUCGUACCAUGCCAACGGACAGAUCAAGGAGUCGCGUCAGAAGCUGUCGGCGGUCCGAGGAAACCACAUCAUCUCUGGGAUGUGCGACAUGUGGCAGGGGAAGAGCAUCAGAGUCCCCAAACUGAGGCCCACGCUACUCGGCUGUGACAUCAUCAAGGUGGACUACGCCCUCAUGAUCUACCUGCACAUCCCCGGCAGUGAGAAGCUGAUCCUGGAGCUGCCGCUGGUCAUCGGUACGAUCCCGCUCAGCGGCGUCGGUAGCAGGACCAGCAGCAUGAGUAGCCAGGCUGGAUCCCUGAGCAGCUGGUCCUCCUUCCCCUCGGCCCCCCCCAGCUACAGUAACAUCCACAGAGACCUGGCGGUGGACGGCCUCAGGACCCCCCUGCUGCAGGACUACGACGAAGAGGAGGACGAGGGGGGGCUCUUCAUGACGGCACCUGAACGGUGCAACCCUCCCCCUCCCCCCGCGUACAGCGAGGUCGAUCAGGACGCUGUUAACCUUCAUCAGGUGGUUCAGGUCUUCUGAGGACUUCCUGUUCAACCACCAACCGCCCUGUCAGUCACUUUUCAGGGCUGCAACGCUCCCUGAAUAAGAUGACUGCAGUUUCCUGCAAGUGACUCAGCAUGUUUUGAGACUUUAUUCUGUGGAUAAAAACAGAGUAAUUGUUUUGAUGUGAAAAGUGUUUCUAAUAUUUGUUACUCAGCUGAUUGGUUGUUCUUCUGCUAUACUGACAGGAAGUUACAGUUGAAUGGUUGUUUUUCUACUAUACUGACAGGAAGUUACAGUUGUAUAAAUGAUGUAAAUAAGAGCAGAUGUUUAUUUUUUUACUCAAACAAUAAAUCAUUUCAACAUUAAA